ACCGGAAGGAGCAACGCCGAAGAAGAAAUAAAAGCAAAGGGUGUGAGAGAGAAGAGGCGGAGGAGAGGUGGAAAGCAAAGGCUCCGUCCGUCCACCACCCUCACCGUCUUCAUUUAUUGACGGAUUUCCGGUCUCCUCUUCCACCUACUUCUUCUUCUCAGGCUUCGGAUUUGAAGAUAUGAAUCCCUUGGAGAGAUCAAAGAAGAGAAUUCAUCUAUGGAAGAAGGCCAUGAUCCACUUCUCCCUCUGUUUCACUAUGGGGUUCUUCACGGGGCUUGCGCCGACGAGUACUUCCGACGUUUUUCCCGGUCGUCGAACCGGAGACUUCCGCGCCAGUAGGAUCAUAAUUCAAGGCCGAGGUCAGGCCACCGUUCGUCCAGAGAGGGCCGGGAACUUCAACCGAAGCUUGAUGGCCGACGCCAGUUCGGAGAUUCCGAACCGGAUCGAAUGGGAAUUGGCCGAGUUGGAGAACCAGGACGACGAACCGGAAGCGGCGCGAAGAUUGCUGAUAAUCGUGACGCCGACGGGCGUGGGCAAUCCUCUGCAGGCGGCGUACUUGAGAAGGUUGGGCCACACUCUGAAACUGGUUCCCCAUCCGCUGCUUUGGAUUGUGGUUCAACACCAGACCGACUCGCCCGAGACCGUGGAGAUACUCAGAGGAAGCGGGAUCAUGUACCGGCACAUCGUGUGCAGGGAGAACUUCACAACGCCGGCAGAAUCGGUCGAAUAUCAGAGGAAUCUCGCUCUCAACCACAUCGAACACCAUCGCCUCGACGGCAUCGUGCAUUUCGCCGACGCCUUCAACGUCUAUGACCUGCAAUUCUUUGAUGAAAUCAGAGAAACUGAGGUUUUUGGGACAUGGCCGGUGGGCAUGAUAUAUGCAAACAAGAAGAAAAUAGGGUUCGCCGGAGCGGUUUGCGACGGCGCGGCGCAGGUGGUAGGAUGGCAUGCAGAUGUGAAGAACACCAGCAACUACACUCCUAAUGAGUUCAUCAUAAACACAUCUGCAUUUGCAUUCAACAGCACCAUUCUCUGGGAUCCUGAAAGAUGGGGCCGUCCUUCUUCCACUCCCACUGCUCCUCAGGACUCGAUGAGCUUCAUCCGACGGCUGGUGUUCGAGGGCGAGGCGAGGAUUCGCGGUCUAGCAGAAGGGUGCACCAAGGUCAUGUUAUGGCGUCUUCGCCUGCAGCCCUUGUUGUCUGGUUCCGGUGUGAUAGCCCAAGCAUAGGCAACAGCCAUCAUAGCAAUAUCAUGAAGAGAUCGAGAUGUACAAUCCAAGUCGCUUUUUGUUCUUGCGACCAACAAAGUCACCCAAUUCCUUGUGGGUGUUCGGUCACUUAUUUUCGUGUUCUCAUUCCACAAAAUUAUCUUUUGGGGUUUUAGAAGAUACCACCUCUUGUUAUUGAGGGGAGCCCAAAUACCGGACGAAAAAUUGAUUCAUUAUUUCCGUUCCUCGUUACUCA